UGUGGCGAAUUGCUGCUGAAGCUUUCUUUUUUCAUUAUGCUGUGAGGAUGGAAAACGUGGUCUCGUGCUCUUCAGAAUUUCUUUACACCAUGAUAGGAGCAAGAAUCGUUUCAAAUUGACUAAUUUGGUGGCCAGCAAGCACGAUGAGAAGAUGAGCGGAAAUAUGCUACUGGUAGUUCCAUCUGUUCUUAUCCCUCCACAGCAUCCCACGAGGCCGGCGGCAUCAGGUUGUAGAAGCGGACAGCGGGGCGGCUUCUUCCUGGAAGCUGCCGUGAACCCCGGCGGCAUAUACCCUCCCUCUCGGCUGCGGCUGCGGCAGAGGCUGAGGCUACCAGGGGCCGCCACCACCAACCGACGAGCCAUGUCGCCCACCCCGGCGGCGGCGCCCAGCGGCGACGAGGAGUUCACGGAGGUGGUGGUGGUGCGGCACGGGGAGACCUCCUGGAACGCCUCCCGCAUCGUCCAGGUCGGUCGUCCCCUCCCGAUUCUUCGCCGUCCUUCUACUGGAUUGGUUGCAGGGUGGUGGAGAGAGCCUGAAUCAGUUGACUGAGCGAUGUGUCUCCUACUUGAAUAAGAUUGCCCAGGAACACAUAGGUAUUCUGCAAACCUGAUUUGCCACACUGAAAUUUGAAUAAGAUUGCCCAGGACCACAUAGGCCGGUGGAUCCUUGAGAGGUGUGGAGACGUCAGCCAUCUCGACGGAAAUGGCUUUCUGGAGAACUCAUUUGGCGGAGACGGGGCCUCUGCGUAACGCUUGCAGUGAGUUCAUGGAGAUGGAGUCGACAAUAUCGUCGCCGGCGAUUUAGGCACGCAAGGCUGAAAGAUUUCCGUGGUUCUAUUGCUAUUUUUCUCUGCGUAUACUCUAGUAGUACUAGUACGUAUAGGAUCAUGAUGAAAAGAGACGACCACCCUUUUAUAUUCGAGCCAGUAAAGAUUGUGUGUACUCAG